UUCGAUCUGGCGAGCCCCUGCACUCACUUCGCCUCCACACGACAACCCCACCCAUCUCUCUCUCUCUCUCUCUCUCUCUCUCUCUCUCUAGAUCUCGCGUCAAGGGCGCGAGAUCGAGCUCUUCGGUUGUUCGCCCAUGGAGAACGCCUACGCCAAAUCCGUCGCCGAGGUGCUUGAAGCAUUCGGUGUAGAUCCGACCAAGGGCCUCUCGGAUACGCAGGUGGCCGAAAAUGCAAGGAUGUAUGGAAGGAAUGUGCUACCCCAAGAAGGAAGUACCCCUUUUUGGAAGCUAAUUCUGAAGCAGUUUGAUGAUUUGCUUGUCAAAAUAUUAAUUGCAGCUGCCGUUGUUUCAUUUCUUUUGGCUCUUAUAAAUGGCGAAACAGGCUUAACAGCAUUUUUGGAACCAUCUGUCAUCUUUUUGAUACUGGCAGCCAAUGCAGCAGUAGGUGUAAUAACUGAAACAAAUGCUGAAAAAGCACUUCAGGAGUUGCGGGCAUACCAAGCUGAUGUUGCAACUGUGCUACGAAAUGGUUGCUUUUCUAUACUUCCUGCCACGGAGCUUGUCCCUGGAGAUAUUGUAGAAGUUGGGGUUGGUUGCAAGGUCCCAGCUGACAUGAGAAUGGUCGAAAUGCUAAGUAACCAACUACGUGUUGACCAGGCAAUUCUUACUGGUGAGAGCUGCUCUGUAGCAAAAGAGCUCAAAUCAACUUCAGCAACCAAUGCGGUCUAUCAGGAUAAGACGAAUAUUCUUUUUUCAGGUACUGUGGUUGUAGCUGGUCGGGCUAGAGCCAUUGUUGUUGGUGUGGGCUCGAAUACUGCAAUGGGAAGCAUUCGAGAUGCAAUGUUAAGAACGGAAGAUGAGGCAACACCUUUAAAGAAGAAACUUGAUGAAUUUGGUACUUUUUUGGCGAAGAUCAUUGCAGGGAUUUGUAUUCUUGUUUGGGUUGUAAAUAUUGGCCAUUUCCACGAUCCUUCUCAUGGUGGAUAUUUGAGGGGUGCUAUUCAUUACUUCAAGAUAGCCGUUGCUCUUGCAGUUGCUGCCAUUCCUGAAGGGCUUCCGGCUGUUGUGACUACGUGCCUGGCACUGGGUACGAAGAGAAUGGCUCGCCUAAAUGCUAUUGUAAGGUCUUUACCUUCAGUCGAGACUUUAGGAUGCACAACGGUUAUUUGUAGCGACAAGACCGGUACUCUUACAACAAACAUGAUGUCCGUGUCAAAGGUCUGUGUCGUCCGAUCUGUGCAUCGAAGUCCAAUCACUGAUGAGUACUCUGUUACUGGAACUACGUUUUCUCCCGAGGGACUUAUAUUUGAUGCUACAGGAAUGCAGCUCGAAUUUCCUGCCCAAUUUCCGUGCCUUCUUCACAUAGCAAUGUGUUCAGCUCUUUGUAAUGAGUCCACACUACAAUACAAUCCUGAUAAGAAAGCUUAUGAAAAGAUUGGGGAGUCUACUGAAGUUGCUUUACGUGUUCUGGUGGAAAAGGUUGGGCUUCCUGGUUUUGAUUCUAUGCCUUCGGCUCUAAACAUGUUAAGUAAGCAUGAACGCGCGGCAUAUUGCAACCAUUAUUGGGAGCAUCAGUUCAAAAAGAUUUCUGUUUUGGAGUUUUCCCGUGACCGCAAAAUGAUGAGUGUCCUUUGUAGUAGAAAGCAGCAAGAAAUUAUGUUCUCAAAAGGUGCUCCAGAAAGCAUAAUAAUAAGGUGCUCGCAUAUCCUGUGCAAUGAUGAUGGUUCUUCUGUACCAUUAACUACCGAUAUCCGUAAUGAGUUAGAAGCUAGAUUCCAAAGUUUUGCUGGAAAAGACACCCUAAGAUGUUUGGCAUUAGCACUAAAGCGGAUGCCAACGGGUCAGCAAACUCUUUCCUAUGAAGAUGAAUCAAAUCUUACGUUCAUUGGAUUGGUUGGUAUGCUUGAUCCUCCGAGGGAGGAAGUGCGGAAUGCUAUGCUGUCAUGUAUGGCUGCUGGAAUACGUGUUAUUGUUGUCACUGGGGAUAACAAGUCUACUGCAGAAUCUCUAUGUCGACAGAUUGGUGCUUUCGAGCACUUAGAUGAUUUUACUGGGUAUUCUUACACAGCUUCUGAGUUUGAACAACUUCCACCUAUGCAACGGACAAUUGCAUUGCAAAGGAUGGAACUGUUUACCAGGGUUGAACCUUCCCACAAGAAGAUGCUGGUCGAAGCUUUGCAAAAUCAAAAUGAAGUGGUUGCAAUGACUGGUGAUGGUGUCAAUGAUGCACCUGCACUGAAGAAAGCAGACAUAGGAAUAGCAAUGGGAUCUGGAACUGCAGUUGCUAAGAGUGCUUCGGAUAUGGUUUUGGCUGACGACAACUUCGCUUCAAUUGUUGCUGCUGUUGCCGAGGGAAGAGCUAUAUAUAAUAAUACUAAGCAGUUUAUCCGCUAUAUGAUAUCGUCGAAUAUUGGAGAAGUAGUUUGUAUUUUUGUGGCAGCAGUGCUUGGGAUGCCUGACACGCUAAUACCUGUCCAGCUCCUCUGGGUGAAUUUAGUUACUGAUGGUUUGCCUGCAACUGCUAUUGGUUUUAACAAGCCUGAUUGCAAUGUGAUGGCAGCUAAGCCUCGUAAGGUUAAUGAAGCUGUAGUUACUGGAUGGCUUUUUUUCCGGUAUUUGGUUAUAGGAGCUUAUGUUGGCCUUGCUACUAUUGCGGGGUUUGUUUGGUGGUUUGUUUAUUCUGAUGAUGGUCCCAAAUUGCCGUAUAAUGAACUGGUAAACUUUGAUUCCUGUUCAACAAGACAAACUCCAUAUCCAUGCAGUAUAUUUGAUGAUCGUCAUCCCUCAACUGUGUCGAUGACCGUGCUUGUUGUUGUUGAGAUGUUUAAUGCUUUAAAUAACCUGAGUGAGAAUCAAUCUCUCCUUGUAAUUCCUCCAUGGAGUAACCUAUGGCUUGUUGGAUCAAUAAUUCUCACCAUGCUUCUCCAUGUAUUGAUCUUGUAUAUUGAACCUUUAUCAAUUCUUUUCUCAGUGACACCAUUAACCUGGGCUGAAUGGAGGAUUGUUCUCUAUCUCUCUUUUCCGGUAAUAAUAAUCGAUGAGAUAUUGAAAUUCUUCUCAAGAAAUUCUCGAGGUAGAAGGCUUCAUUUCAGAUUAAGGAGGCACGACAUACUUCCUAAGAAUGAAGCUCAUGACAAGUAGAUUAUCGCGGGGUUUAAACUGUUGUUUCCUUUGCAGUUGUAGAGAAUGAGAAUGAUAAAAGUGCUUUCUCAUACCCUGCUUCACACAGCGUCUGUUGUAGCAUAUAUACUGUAUAGUCAAUUAUACUGCACUGAAGGUGUUUUUUGGUUGCUCAUUAUUAUACUUUAGGCCUUUUUUUUUGUGUCCUUUGACUGCAAGAAAAAAUAUAUUUAUUUGUAAGUUGUUAACUAUUGAUAAUUAUUUCUCUCUUU